CUGGAUACGAGUCUUUUUGAGCCUUCAAAGAUCGUAAGAGUAAUGAGUGUUGCCAUAUUUUCCAGGUUCGCCUGCUUCCAAGAUCUUUGGGAUAAGAUAGAGUCAUGGGAGGGUGGUGUUGAAGGGUUCACUACUGGUUACCGUUACUAUGGGCCACAGUUCUGCGUCGACGGAUCAGUCGUGUGGAGAGAAUGGGCCCCUGGAGCACAUUCCCUUCAUCUUCAGGGAGACUUCAAUGGUUGGAAUCCAAAGAGCCAUCCGUUCAGGAAGCUGGAAUAUGGAAAGUGGGAGCUUUAUAUACCUGGAAAUGAGGAUGAAUCGUGUCCCAUCAAGCAUUUGAGUCGAGUCCAGCUUAUUGUGAAUGAACAUCUUUAUCGGGUGUCUCCGUGGGCGAGUUACGUUAAGCCAUAUGAAGGAUUCACUUACCAACAAUUCGUUUACAAACCGGAACAGCCAUACCAGUUCAAGCACAGAAAAGUUAAGAGGCCAUCUUCCUUACGUAUCUACGAAUGCCACGUGGGGAUCGCUACCAACGAGGGAAGAGUUGGCACUUAUCUUGAAUUCAAGGACAAUGUGCUGCCUAGGAUUAAAGAUUUAGGUUACAACGCUAUACAGUUGAUGGCUAUAAUGGAACACGCGUAUUACGCGUCUUUCGGAUAUCAGGUUACAAGCUUCUUUGCAGCUAGCAGUCGUUAUGGAACUCCCUGUGAGUUAAAGCAGUUAAUCGACCGUGCUCACGAGCUCGGUAUAUACGUGUUACUAGACGUGGUUCACUCUCACGCCUCCAAGAACACGUUGGAUGGUCUCAAUGAGUUCGACGGAACCAACUCCUGCUACUUCCACGACGGUGCGAGAGGAACACACUCGCUAUGGGACAGCAGAUUGUUCAAUUAUUCCGAAACCGAGGUGUUACGUUUCCUACUUUCUAACCUGAGAUGGUACCAAGAGGAAUAUCAGUUUGAUGGAUUCAGGUUUGACGGCGUGACGUCAAUGUUGUACCACAGCCGUGGUAUUGGCGAAGGUUUCUCUGGAAAUUAUGAUGAGUACUACGGAUUAAACGUUGAUACAGAAGCGCUCGUCUACUUGAUGGUGGCUAACGAGCUCAUACACUCCAUAGACAGCCAGGCCAUCACUAUAGCUGAGGAUGUAUCAGGCAUGCCAGCAUCCGGGCGACCAGUUCGUGAAGGAGGUACGGGAUUCGACUAUCGUCUAGGUAUGGCCAUCCCUGACAUGUGGAUCAAGUUACUGAAGGAAGAAAGAGACGAAGACUGGAAGAUGGGACACAUCGUACACACACUCACUAACAGACGGUGGAUGGAGGGCACUGUGGCGUAUGCUGAGAGCCAUGACCAGGCUCUAGUUGGUGAUAAAACAAUCGCGUUCUGGUUGAUGGACGCGGCCAUGUACACUCACAUGAGCACCCUCAGCGACCCCAACCCGGUCAUAGAGAGAGGUCUCGCGCUACACUGUAUGAUACGACUCAUCACUAACGCGUUGGGAGGAGAAGCAUACCUAAAUUUCAUGGGUAACGAAUUCGGUCACCCCGAAUGGUUAGAUUUCCCUCGAGCUGGCAACAACUCCUCGUACCACUACGCCCGGAGACAGUGGCAUCUAGUGGACGAUCAGCUGCUCAAAUACAAGUAUCUGAACGAAUUCGACAAAGACAUGCACGCCUUAGAGAACAAAUAUGGAUGGCUCGCAUCAAAUCCGGCGUACGUGUCAUGUAAACAUGAAGGCGACAAGGUGAUAGCGUUCGAGCGCGCGGGACUUCUGUUCGUCUUUAAUUUCCAUCCAAACCAAAGCUUCACCGACUACCGUGUUGGUGUCGACGUACCUGGAAAAUAUCAGGCUGUAUUGUGUUCGGAUAGUAAAAAAUACGGCGGUUUUGGUCGCGUGGAGCCGGAUGGGGAAUAUCACUUCACUCAGAACAUGCCCUGGAAUGACAGAAAGGAUUCCGUUCAGCUCUACAUCCCGUGUCGUACAGCGUUAGUCUACGCCCGAUGUGAAUAA